AAUAUGUGAAGUUACUGCGCUCUGACAGGAAAUAACCUCGAUAAUGGAAAGAGGCUGUUCUUUUUAGCUGAAUGUGAUGAGAACAGUGAAGAAGAUGGCUUCUGCUGUCACCAUCGCUGCGUUUCUGCUCUGCUGCUCCUUCGUUUCCUCCAAAGGCUCUCAGGAUGAUUGUGUGUACGCUGCAACGGGCUCAAGCUAUACUGUCCCACUUGGCCACAAGUUAAAGGAAUCAGAGAGCCUGAAAUGGCUCAAGGACGCAAGUGUAGUCUUUCAUCGCAGACAGAAACAGGUGAUCACAGGGAAAAAUGAUGAUGUUGAUUCAACUGGAUCACUAAAGCUGACACAACUGACCAAAGAGAAGUCAGGACGGUACAAACCUGAGGUUUUUAAUGCAGAAGGAAAAAUUGUGGGGGGAAACUUACAGAGUACGCAUUUGUGUGUAAUAGACUCCGUGAAGAAGCCCAAAGUGACGAUGAAGUGUAUUGGGGCACAAAAAAAUGUCAGUUUUAGUUGCAAUAUUGGUCAGAAUGAGAAGAUCAAAUGGUUAAUGAACGAUAAACCGUUGGCAGAAAAAGGGAAUACGCUUACAAAAGUAGCCAAAGACGUGGCAAACGCCCAUUUCUCUUGCAAUAUUUCUAACACCGUCAGCUUUGAGAUCAGUCUGCCUGUUAAACAAGACUGUUAUAAGUCUGUUUUUCCUGACACACUAUUUGGAAUCAGCAUCUGGGUUUUUGUGGGGGGUGGAGCAGGUAUUGUUCUGGUGCUGAUCCUAAUUGUCAUCAUUUGUUGCAUCCAGACCAAACGGAAGAGGCGUUUGCGACUAAAGGAUGAGAGGGAGCUUCGCUUGCAGUGGGCCAGUCAGGAACAACAACAUCAGCAUCAUCGUCAUCAUCAUCAACAUCAACAUCCAAAUCAAAAUAAUUCUGAUCAGCAUCAGCAUCAUCACCCCCACCACCAUCAACAACAGCCGGCAGGCAACACCGGCCCUCGACAAAAUCGCACUAAACAGCCACGCACCCAGCAGCGUCCCAGAGCGCCUGAGCCCGCCAACGGCCAACCUCAGCCCAGCCCCAGACGGGCUACGCAGGCUUCAGCUCCAGCUGGUAACGGCGGCGAAGAGCAGCCUCCUCCUCUUCCUCAGCCCAGGAAGAAAACUCCAAAAGCACCAAAAGAGUGAAAAAACUUGAGCUUAGUAUGUGGAAAUAAUAUUUAACAAACUUAAGCUUGUCUCAAACUAUAAAUCUAUCUGAUAAUGUGAUGCUCAAACUUGGACUGCCUUGAGAAUAAUGUAGGUUAUCUAUCUAUAUAUAUAAACACACACAUCACAAAUAUUACAUAGUUUUCGGAUCCUCUUAGAUCAGAAAGUGAGUCUACAUGAGGAAACAGACUUCUGGAAGAUGUGAGAUAUUUUAUAUGAACAAUCAGACUUUCACUUCAUAGUUUUAAACUGUAAAAGAAUUAUUUUUAUUUUUUCAUUAUACUUGAGUAAAUUAUAUGUUAAAUACAAAGUAACUGUUUAAUGAAUACAUGGACAUUUCUGUUUAAUGCAACAUUAUAUAGAAUAUUGCUAUUAGUUGUUAGUUGUUGCUACUUAUUCCAUAUUUACAUCCUAGAAACAGUUUUACAUUUUGGGAAAUACUCUUAUUUUCACGUUUACUGUCUUUUAGCUGGACUGCUGUCAAUAUUUGUACGUUGAAUACAGAGCUAAGACCAGCAGCUGGUUAGUUUAGUUUAACUUGGCUUAGAAUAGCUUAGAUUACAUAGCUUAAUAACUUAGAUUCAAAUACAGUGGCUGAUAUGAGAAUGGUAGAUUUUUGUUUUGCCUCUUGACAUUUGAGGCUUCCUACAAACAUUUUGCCAGGUUAAUCAAAAUCUGGCAGACUGUAUAUAAAAGAUGUCAGCUACUGGUUUCUAAAGUUUCUAAAGACUAUAUACUCCAAAAUAUAUUCUUGGCCCUCACAGCCCAGCAAAGCCUGGACGAUGCAAUAAUUACCAGAAAUGUUUCAUUUUAUUCAAACUGCAGUGGUAACUGAAAAACAAUAUAUAUCAGUUUGCAUACUACAUUUGGCAUUUUUGUUCAGUUUUUGUGUAAAAAAAGAAACUGAUGAUUUAAAGAUCUCAAAAACUCAUAAAAACUCAUGUAUCUUAAUUGCUUAAAGUCACCAUUUUGGGGUUUUUUUGUUUUUUUUGUUUUUUUGAGUGUAGCUUUUUGAAACCAGGCAUCAUGUACAAGGUGAGCAUCAUACUGAGAAAACAAGAGCCACGCCCUAAAGCAUACCCUGCUUUAUCACCCUGUUUGAAUCAAAUGGGGACCAUGUUUUACAAACUAAGUGUCAUGUUAUGGUCAUGUGACUUGAAACUCAGAAAAAAACUGUUUCUACUGAGGACAUUGAUCGAAUGAACAGGUCGUUUUCCUUUACAUCGCUAUAGAACCAGACUUCUUUUUUAAAGAGUCGCCCCCUGUUGGCAAUUAGAUAGAACUGCAGGUUCAAAGCACCUCUGCAUUGGCUCCGCAGUGCAGAUAUCAAACUAUAAAAUAUCAAACUAUAUAAUAUCAAACUUUAACGUCUUUUUCUUCAACAGUGUUUUGCUUACGAAGAGCAAAAUUGCAUAUUGUGUACUUGCAUAUACAUUAUGUUAGAAUGGCUUCACUGCCACUACAGAAACCUUUUCACACAACAUAGUAUUCAAUAUGCAAUUAACUUUCAAUCUAGCAGCUUCUUCUUUCUGGAAUGACUACAAGAAUGUCAUUGCAGAUUCUUUCAUUAUGCGAAUAGCCUUUGGUGUAGAUGUUACAAGAAGCAAACAAUUCAUCAUUUAUGUUUUUAUUUUAUAAGUUUGCUCACCUCCUUAUGACUGCUGUCUGCUGUAGUUAACUAAAUUUUACUACAAAGUUAACUAUUCACAUUGUUUGCAUUGAAGUGUGCAUUUGUAUGUACGUAUUUGUGUAUGUGUCAGUAUAAACUGUGCACAGUGGUCUUUUUUAAAUAAAUGGUGUUGUUAUGA